CGCAGGCCACGCCCACCUCCUCCGCCCCCCAUGUCCCCCAGCCGCUCUGGGCCACCCGCGACCGCCCUGCCCUGGGGCUACUGGCUCGUCUUCGGCCUCUACGAGCCCCUCCUCGCAAUCUGCGGCUUUGUCGGGGCCCUGGCCGACCCUAAGGGGGCGCACGAUGCGCAAGCACCCUGGCCAUCGGGCGGCGCGCCCCCGGGCCCGCUCGCGAAAGCGACCCAAGUCACCAUGCUGCAGCUCGCGCAUGUCGUGGGCCUGCUCGGCCUCAUUAACCUAUUCGUGCUCGGCGCCGCGCGCAAAUACCUCUUCGCCCACCCCGCGCUGCAGGAGAAGAUCGUCGGCGCCCUCCUCACCCCCCUCCUCAUCGCGGACAUCGUCCAUCUCGUUAUCACCUGGUGGGCGCUGGGAGACAGUCGGUGGACUAUGUGGGAAUGGAGCGGGCUGCUAUGGACGACUUUCUUGACGGGCUUCAGUCUGCUCGUUCCGAGGAUUGCAUGGCACAUGGGGAUCGGACGGUAUGUGGAUAGACGGGAUGGACAGGCAUUGCGGAAGAUAUGAAUAGACCCGGAUUAAAUGCAUUCGACGUAGGGUACUUUACGAUAAUCGUUAUUCGUAGCAUACACCCUCUCCGAGACCUGGGGAUCCUACGUAGACAUAGCUCGCAUUAGUGACAUAUUUCUGAAGUUUAAACUCACCUGCCUCAAGCGAGCGCUAGAUGUACUGUCACCUAACU